ACAACACAGGAAGAACAGCGCUUAGCAGAGGCGGGUGUCAGGUGUAAACGCUUUCCUUUCUGCGCAGGCGCGCUCAGUCGCAGGACCUGGACUAUCGCGAUAGAGGAGCGAGAUCGACGCUGGCCCUUUAACAGCCCCUUCCCGGGGGCCUGCCUUGCGCGUGCGCACUGUGGUUCUGCGCUUGUCAUCAUGGCGACGCGGGGCCAUGUGCAGGACCCUAACGACAGGCGCCUCCGGCCCAUUUACGAUUAUCUUGAUAAUGGUAAUAACAAAAUGGCAAUUCAGCAAGCAGAUAAACUGUUGAAGAAGCAUAAAGAUCUUCAUUGCGCUAAGGUUUUAAAGGCAAUUGGUUUACAGAGAACUGGGAAGCAAGAGGAAGCCUUCACCUUGGCACAGGAGGUGGCAGCCCUCGAGCCCACAGAUGACAACUCCUUGCAGGCACUGACUAUUCUUUACCGGGAGAUGCAUCGACCGGAGUUGGUUACAAAACUUUAUGAGGCAGCUGUGAAGAAAGUGCCCAAUAGUGAGGAGUAUCACUCCCACCUCUUCAUGGCCUAUGCCAGAGUGGGUGAAUACAAGAAAAUGCAACAGGCUGGCAUGGCUCUGUAUAAGAUUGUCCCCAAAAACCCUUACUACUUUUGGUCUGUGAUGAGCUUAAUUAUGCAAUCUAUAUCAGCACAGGAUGAAAACCUCUCAAAAACGAUGUUUCUGCCCCUUGCUGAGAGAAUGGUAGAAAAAAUGGUGAAAGAGGACAAAAUAGAAGCUGAGGCUGAAGUUGAACUUUAUUACAUGAUCCUGGAACGACUGGGAAAGUACCAAGAAGCCUUGGAUGUCAUUAGAGGGAAAUUAGGAGAGAAACUGACAAGUGAGAUUCAGAGUCGGGAAAAUAAAUGUAUGGCUAUGUACAAGAAGCUCAGCAGGUGGCCAGAGUGCAAUGCCCUUUCCAGGCGCCUCUUACUAAAAAACUCAGAUGACUGGCAGUUCUAUCUGACUUAUUUCGAUUCUGUCUUUCGACUGAUUGAAGAGGCCUGGACUCCUCCUGCUGAAGGUGAACACUCUUUAGAAGGAGAAGUACAUUAUUCUGCAGAAGAGGCUGUGAAGUUUAUAGAAGAUCGAAUUACAGAAGAAUCUAAAAGUUCUCGCCAUCUCCGAGGACCACAUCUAGCUAAAUUGGAGCUGAUUAGGCGCUUACGAAGUCAAGGUUGUAAUGAUGAAUACAAACUAGGUGACCCAGAAGAAUUAAUGUUCCAGUAUUUUAAAAAGUUUGGAGAUAAACCGUGUUGUUUUACAGACCUUAAGGUGUUUGUUGACCUCUUGCCUGCUACACAGGGUACAAAAUUUAUUAAUCAGUUACUUGGAGUUGUUCCAUUGUCGACACCAACAGAGGAUAAGCUGGCACUGCCUGCUGACAUCCGAGCUCUACAGCAACAUUUGUGUGUGGUGCAGCUGACGAGGUUACUUGGCUUGUACCACACCAUGGAUAAAAAUCAGAAACUGAGCGUGGUCAGGGAAUUGAUGCUAAGGUACCAACAUGGACUGGAAUUUGGGAAAUCCUGUUUGAAAACAGAAUUGCAGUUUUCAGACUAUUACUGUCUCCUUGCUGUUCAUGUGCUUAUUGAUAUAUGGAGAGAAACAGGUGACGAGACCGCUGUGUGGCAGGCCCUGACUUUGCUAGAAGAAGGAUUAACCCAUAGUCCUUCCAAUGCUCAAUUCAAAUUGCUGCUUGUUAGAAUCUACUGUAUGCUGGGUGCAUUUGAACCGGUGGUGGAUCUUUACUCCAGCCUUGAUGCUAAGCACAUCCAGCACGACACCAUUGGUUAUCUUUUGACUCGAUAUGCCGAAUCUUUAGGUCAGUAUGCUGCUGCAUCCCAAUCCUGUAACUUCGCACUCAGGUUUUUCCACUCCAACCAGAAAGAUACCUCAGAAUAUAUUAUUCAAGCUUACAAAUAUGGUGCGUUUGAGAAGAUCCCAGAGUUUAUCGCUUUUAGGAACAGGCUGAAUAAUUCUCUUCAUUUUGCACAAGUCCGUACUGAACGGAUGCUAUUAGACCUUCUACUUGAAGCAAAUAUAUCAACCAGCUUAGCAGAAAGUAUAAAAUCAAUGAAUCUUAGGCCGGAAGAAGAUGACAUUCCAUGGGAAGAUUUGCGAGACAACAGAGACUUAAAUGUUUUCUUCAGCUGGGAUCCAAAAGACAGGGAUGUUUCUGAAGAACAUAAGAAACUUUCCUUGGAGGAGGAGACCAUGUGGCUAAGAAUCCGUUCCUUAACAUUGAGGCUGAUCAGUGGCCUACCAAGUCUUAACCACCCUGUGGAGCCAAAGAACUCUGAGAAGACUGCUGAGAAUGGUGUUUCCUCUCCCAUUGAUAUUCUUCGUUUGCUCCUUCAACAGCUAGAGGUGGCCGUGGAGACAGGAAAGCGAUUUAUUGAAAAGGAAAUUCAGUAUCCUUUCCUUGGUCCUGUACCUACCAGAAUGGGUGGAUUCUUUAAUUCUGGCUGUUCUCAAUGCCAGAUAAAUUCCUUUUACCUUGUUAAUGAUAUUUAUGAGCUGGAUACCAAUGGUUUAGAGGAUACAGUGGAGAUACAGGAGCGAAUAGAGAAUAGCCUUAAGUCUUUACUAGAACAGUUAAAGGAUGUCUUCAGUAGAUGUAAAGGUGACCUCUUAGAAGUUAAAGAUGGUAACUUGAAAACACAUCCUACUCUUUUAGAAAAUCUUGUCUUCUUUGUUGAGACUAUUUCUAUUAUCCUUUGGGUGUCCAGUUACUGUGAGAGUAUCUUGCGACCAUACAAAUUAAAUUUACAAAAAAAGAAAAAGAAGAAAAAAGAAACCAGCAUCAUCAUGCCACCUGUCUUCACCAGUUUCCAAGACUAUGUUUCUGGACUUCAGACUUUAAUUUCUAAUGCUGUGGAUCAUAUUAAGGGACUUGAAACACAUCUAAUUGCACUUAAGCUUGAAGAACUUAUUAUAGAGGACUCUUCUUUCUCUCCGGAAGAAAGAAAAUUUUCAAAGACUGUACAAGGGAAAGUGCAGAGCAGUUACCUACACUCACUUCUGGAAAUGGGGGAGCUGCUGAAAAAAAGACUUGAGACCACAAAGAAACUAAAAAUUUAAGGAAGUGUGGACCACAGGCACUGAUGAUUCUAUAGCAGAAAAUGACGACACUAUCUUCCCAGGCGAAAGCAACAUCUAGUUGACCAUCAUUUUAAUCCAGAACUUCCUCAUAAAAUGCAUGAAGGACUUUGAUCGUGAAUUAAUUUUUUUAGGUAUUAAAUAUAUACAGCUGAUUAAAUUAUUGUAUAUAAACCAGAAGCAGGACCCUCAUCUGGGUUUGACCACUUUUUAUAAAUGUUCAUAUGCAUAUGGCAGCAACAAGAGAAUCCCUUACUUUUCUUGCCUCCCAUCACCAGAAACAUCUGGGAGGGAGGGGGUUUCUAUUUAAAAGCAGCAAUAGAAAUUAAGCAUAAAGCAUUGACCUCAAAGCAGCUGGACGGCCCUCUCAUUAUAGCAGUGGGAGUUUAGUCUGUUCUUGAGCCAUAGGAAGCAGAAAGGAGAAGCAGAGGGGGAGAUGACCAAGAGCAGGCCCUUUUCCACUGCCCCAAGGCAGGUCCACAGCAGACCUCAGGCGAGACUGAGCAUAAUCACUUGCCCUGAAGGGCACCACUCAGAUGACCACAGGUGCUGAUUUAUUUUGGCUUAAUAAUCCUGAUAGCCAAGAUAGCCCCAUCCUCGUUCCUGUGAAAGUUAAAUCUCAUAUAGGGAGGCAAGGAAGACUCUGUUAAUUUAUAGCUGUUUAAAGAGGAAAGUUAAAGGAGACCAUUUAACAAGACUGCUGAGGACUAGCUUGCUGUCAUUCAUCCAUUUGGGAAAUAUGGGAAUCACUGUUUUUCAAGAGAUGUGUACAUAAUUUAUGCAGGCAAUACUGAUCCUUACUUCAUCAGUUUUGUGUUAUAUACUGCAUUCGAUUCAUGAAUCAUAUAUAUAUAUGUGUGUAUAUAUAUAUAUAUAUAUGCUUGAAAAUUAAUUACUAUUUUAGUGUUUUCAAGUGGGGGGGUUUGGUGAGGAAGGAAUAUAUAUUAUGGAUUUAACCUAGGUAUUAAGUUUUAGGCUGGCAAAAGAAAUGUUAUCCAGUGGGUUUAAUGUUCAGUCUAUUUCUUGAAACUUAAGAAUUAUACCAGGAUUGUAUUUACUUUGUUCACCUGGACAUUUAGUCCCUUCAGAGGUUGGUCUGGUAGAAAAAGAUAAAAACUCUUGAAAACGUUAUACAAUUUUUACACUUUCUUUGAUAACUUUUUUUUUUUUUUUUUAGUGUUUGAAUUCCUGCUACUGUUUUUGGUCUAUUACCUAAAUACAGUUAAAGUUAGUAAUUCUGUAAGGGCAAAGAAAUGACUUUGAUGAGGAAAUUCAAGCAUCUGAUGGAGGAUUGGUCUUAAAGACCUUUUCACGGUCCUUUCCUAUGCACUGCUCCAGUGAAAUGUGAUACUUACUUUUUUUAAAGCAACCAAAAGAACUGGGAAAAUCUGUGUAUGCAAAGUUUGCAUUUUGUUCCUUCUUGACUUUAUUAUUCAUAAUUUGAUAUAGUGAUUAAUAACUGUUGGAACUUCCAAGAAAAUUUUUAGAAAUUAUAUUACCUGUUCAAAGUAAGACUUGUUGGGAAACCUAGUCCAUCAAGUAAUUUCAAAAUAUAUUUUAUAUAAAUUAGUAGCUACAGGGGUCACACACCCCAUCCUAAAGGAAAGAACUUUGCUGAAUAAGAUGAACUGAGCAUACUGAUUGAUUCUGAAUAUCCUUUAAUGACAAUGUAUCAUUAGUUCAUAUAACUAUGGCCUGUUUUAGAUGGAACUGUGUAUAUUUGGAGGGUGUGUAUAUGGCUAUGUUCUUGGAAUGAUGUUUCUUUGCAUAUCCAAAAAAGUACUGUACAAAGAAAUAGAAAUGCUCUUUGAUACAAGUCUAUGAUCAAUCUAGCAUACAUGCUUAAUGGACUGGCCUUCGUCAGGGACUGUUGUGACUCUAAUGGUCUGCCUAACUGGUCUCCUGCCUUGGGGUAUCUGGGACCUCUACUGGUUUUACUGACAAAUAAUGUUACCUUGAAGUUAUGCUUCCUUUGUUACUUGCUGAUUUUCCUACUAAAUGUAGCAUUUCAGUUAGAUCCAACUCUCACAUUUGAGAUAACUGUAAAAAGAAUGAAAUUAUGCAGAAAUGGCCAAUAUCUUUUAUCAAUCUGUUCCUUGGGAAACUGUCAUGCACUAUAAAUUGUGUACAGUUUAAAAUAUAUACAUACAUAUAUAUAUAUAUAUUCUUACAUGAGUAAAAAGCACCCUCUCCCAUCAAUUGUAUGUCAUUGAUAUUUGAAGAGAAUUCCCAAAUAAUCCACUGCUGCUGUUGCUUUUGGUUUGUAUGAGUUUUUUGUUUAGUUUUUGUGUGGUAAGUUGAUAUUUAAAAAAAAAAAAAAAAGAAAAAAAAAAAGGAAAGGAGAAAAAAACCACGACUA